CCUAUAACAAACUCAUAUGGCGAGUACAACACGACCAAGUAAGGUAAACUGUAAACUUGAAUAAUCCUCUCAUCAAUCACGCUUUUGAAUUUGGUCGGUUAAUGUUCUUUGUGUACAAACUAAGCUAGAUUGAAUGGAGCCAUGGCCAUUAUCUGCCCUUAUACCUGCGCGAUGCAAACCGAAACUAGUUUUCAAACUUAACGGUUGUAAUUCUAUAGAAGCACAUUUACGCGAAAUUCGUAUAGACUACAUACUACUAAACUAGCGAAUAUUUUAGCGUAUUUAUGAAACUUUAGUGUGAAAAGUAGUGUUUAGAAUUUAUAAAACCGGAUAUAAAUGCGGUCUAACAGUUUUGUAGCUAAACCGCAUAGUGUUAACUUAAAUAUUGUUUGUAAUAUGAUAUCGUAAACAGUGCUGUGUUUAACAUAAUUUCCGUUCACAUUCAAAUAGUUUUCGCGCUUAUGCAGACGUGAUAUAUGUAAUAAUGGAUUCUAUAAAGGGUUGUUUUGUUUUGUUUGCAAUUAUUGUGUCAAUUCUGUCUGGAGUAAACGCAUCUCCCCAAUGCAGAGAUGAAAAAGGGGAUUUUGUUGAUUGGUUUUACGUAUACAAGCUACCUCGGGAGAGGAAUCACCUGAACCCGUUAGUGCGACAAGGUUCCGCGUACAUGUACCUCACGCCUGCCACACUAAGGAGUGGUUGGACAAUGUCAGACUUAGCCAUUGGCGACCCCGAGUCCAUAGUGGGGAGGACUUUGGAACCUAUGUAUCAUGAUAAAAGCCUUCUAGCGCUUAUCUAUAAUGACCAGCCUCCUCAAUCGGUGGACCAACCAGACAUAUUCGAAGCGGUCGCUGAAAAAUAUUUAAGACAGAAAAAAUGUAAGAUGCUACAAUAACGUAUUAUCCACGCGCGUAAAUUCAAGCGCUUCAAACUUGGCAACCGAUACUACGACGACUAUGACGUAGCGGAGAUGUGCAAGGCACACGCAGAAUACAUGCGCGCGCGCACAGACAACGGCCACACGAAGGGGGUGGUUCUGGGGGACAAGCUCACGGCGCUGUGGCUCGUACACUCCGUGCCCAAGUUCCCACCAGUACCUGAGUUGAACUCAUUCAACACAAGUACCUACAGCUACCCAGCCACCGGGCUUAAAUUCGGCCAGACCUUCCUAUGCAUGUCUGUUCAGACGACGACAUUAGAGCAGAUAGCUGUUCAACUGUUGUUCAACGAGCCUCUAAUAGCCUACGCUCAAAUGCCUCAUGAGUAUGAGAGUGAACUGCCGACUAUGGUCGAUGUUAUGAAGAAUAAGAGCAUUGAUACUUCUCCUUGGUACCACAUCCAGAGCUUCGACACGCUGGACGGGCGCAAGUUCAUGUCGUUCGCCAAGAGCGCCAUGUUCAACGACGACCUCUACAGCGGACUCGUCGCUGAGGUGCUGCAGUCAGACCUACUGGUGGAGACCUGGUCCAAUGGGCCCGGGACCCUUGACUCCGAGUGCAACAGAAGUUUCCAAGUCCGCAACAUAGAGCGUCUGAAAGUGCAAACGGCCAAGAUGUCGUUCACGACGCACAACGACCACUCGAAGUGGGCCGUGGCGGUGGCGCACAAGAUGCACCUCAGCCAGGACACCAAGGUCGCUGAUUAUUGGGUCUGCGUUGGAGAUAUUAACCGAGCGCUCCCACAAGAGUCGCGCGGCGGCGGCACGGUGUGCACGGCGGGGCCCAUCCUGUGGGGGAACUUCGCGCACCUCAUCGACUCCGUGGAACCUUGUAAACUAUAACCAGAAGGAAUAUGUAGUUGAUGGUAGUAGUUGGAAGGCAAAAUGUAGGGUGGGGAUUGGCGUAACUUGAGCAAUUUUUCUGAGUCAUUUUUCAAUUUUUUAUAGGCUGUAAUUUGAUUAAUUCUUUCAGUCAAUUAUUGAGCAUUAGCAUCAUAAAUAAAACGUGGCAUGAACAGAGAAAAUAUCAAUUUAAGUCUCACGAGCUGCUUUUGGAAAUAUUGUAACGCCAUUUUUGGUAAAUUUAUGUGAAUCGCAUUGUACUGUAUGUAUAUUCGGACAGUCGAUAUCUACUGUGCUCUUGUAAAUAUGAAAUUACUUAAGUAAGUUUAGCUAGCUCUUAUUGAUUAGUACAAAAUAAGUAGGUAAACAUUAGUUUUAAUUUAGAAUUACUAUGAUUUGUGAUGAUUACUAAGAAAUCGUUUUUUUAACGGAGUAAACUUAAAUAAACUGUUUCAAGAAUU